CCUUUUUGGGGAAAACCUGGUCUGAUUAGGAGAGACGGCAUCCAUCCCACUUUGGAUGGAGCGGCUCUCUUAUCUAGGAAUAUGACUAAGUUUAUUUCUAAAACCUGACAGUCCAGAGUUGGGACCAGGAAGCAGAGCUGCUGUCUUACACACUUCUCUGCGCUUUCUUUAGAACAGUCACCCACCCAAACCCCCAUAGAGACUGUGUCUGUCCCCCGACCACCUAAAUUAUUUAAAGAAAUAAAAACAAGAGGAGUUAAACAUAAAAACCUAAUAAAAAUGAAAACCAACUCCUCAGUAUCACAAAAUAAGAGAAUGAAAUGUGGACUGUUAAAUAUCAGGUCUCUGUCCUCUAAAGCUGUUUUAGUGAAUGAAUUAAUAUCAGAUUAUGAUAUUGAUUUACUUUGUCUUACUGAGACCUGGUUGAGGUGGAGUGGCAGCCAUAUAUGAUUCAAGUGUUUUAAUGGACCCUAAACCUAAACUAAAUUAUAAUUCAUUUGAAAGUCUUGUUCUUAGUCUUUCUCACCCAAACUGGAAAACACUGCAGCCAGUUCUAUUUGUUAUAGUGUACCGCGCUCCUGGACCGUAUUCUGAUUUUAUAUCUGAAUUCUCAGAGUUUCUAUCAAGUUUAGUCCUUAAAUCAGAUAAAGUAAUUAUUGUAGGUGAUUUUAAUAUUCAUGUGGAUGUUGACAAUGACAGCCUUAGUAAUGCAUUUAUAUCAUUAAUAGACUCAAUUGGCUUCUGUCAGAGUGUAAAUAAACCAACUCAUUGUUUUAAUCACACUCUUGACCUUGACCUCUUCCCACAUAAUCCUUUCCUAUCUGACCAUUAUUUACUAACUUUUGAAUUCAUACUAUUAGAUUAUAAGCCAUUAGGCAAAACUUCCUACAGCAGAUGUCUAUCUGACAGUGCUGUAGCUAAAUUUAAGGAGGAGAUUCCUUCAGUGUUUAAUUCAAUGCCAUGUCUGAAUUUAACAGAGUCCUAUAACGACUUUAGUCCCUCUGAAAUUGAUAAUCUUGUCGAUAGUGCUGCAGGCUCACUACGAUCAACAUUAGACUCUAUCGCUCCUAUAAAAAGGAAAUUAUUAAAACAUAGGAGACUAGCACCUUGGUACAACCACCAAACCCGCCAGUUAAAGCAAAUAGCUAGGAAAUCUGAAAGGAAAUGGCGCUCUUCUAAAUUAUUAGAAUAUUGCUCAAUUUGGCAUGAUCAUUUUAAAAUAUAUAGAAAGGCCCUCCGUAAUGCCAGAGGAGCCUAUUACUCAGCACUAAAAGAAGAAAAUAAGAACAACCCUAGGUUCCUCUUCAGCACUGUAGCCAGGCUGACAGAGAGUCACAGCUCUAUUGAGCCACAUAUCCCCAUAACCUUAAGUACCAAUGACUUCAUGAGCUUCUUCUAUAAUAAAAUUAUUACUAUUAGAGAGAAAAUUAAUAACCAACUGCCAUCAACAGGUAUCAGUGGCUCUCCAAGUUCAGGAACUUUAAAUAUAUAUCUGAGUUUACAUUAGUUAGACUGUUUUUCUGCUAUCGAUCUUCAUCAGUUAACUUCAAUCAUUUCUACAUCGAAGCCAUCAACCUGUCUAUUAGACCCGAUCCCAACUAGGCUGCUUAAAGAAGUUGUUCCCUUAAUUGGCACUUCUUUACUGGAUAUGAUUAAUCUUUCUUUAUUAUAAGGACAUGUACCACAGUCCUUUAAAGUAGCUGUAAUUAAACCCCUUCUUAAAAAGCCCACU